AUGCUCCAUGGGGCGGGGCUGAGGACGACGUUGACAGAGCGCCGAAGGGAGGCAACGGCCGCCAUCUUGGCUAAGGGCACAAGGACCGCCUCGAUCCAACGCGGUCUCCCUAGCAGCCCCUUCUCGCGACCGUCACGCUCCGCCUCCUCUUGGCCGGCCGCCUUCUCCCCCUCACAAAUCCCAUUGGCUCACCGUCGCUCACGUGGUUUCUCCCUCCCUCCCUCUUCCUCCGCGCUCGAGGCCCGCGCGCUCUUCCCCGCCCGCCAGUUGAACUGGGAGCGCGAGAGGGGCGGUUGGUUUAACGUCGCCAAGGGGGCGGGGCAGCGCGUGACAGGAAAGUCAAGGGAGUCAUUAGUCCUUUCUAAGGCGACAGAUGGUGAGAUGAACUUUCCACCUCCAACGUACACAACCUUUGGCUACCUUCCACAUCACAUUGUGCACAAAUUGCUGCCAGUUGAGAACUGCAGAGUUAGACUGACCAUGCAGCAAAGCAGUUCUCAGCUUCUUGCGACUGCUAAAUUGCUUUCCGGGCGCACCUGCCUGCCAAAAUAUUCACCCGCGAGCGCUGUUGGAACGGCGAUUUCAAAAUCUGCGAAAUGUUGCUCAAGUAACGACUUGAGAAGGGCUGCCCAACAGUGCAACCAGGGCUUUUCAACAAAAAUAGUCCUAGGAAUUGAAACCAGUUGUGAUGAUACCGGAGCUGCUGUGGUGGAUGAAAUGGGCAACGUUUUGGGAGAAGCUCUGCAUUCUCAAGGCGAGGUGCAUUUGAAAACAGGUGGGAUUAUUCCUCCCGUGGCCCAGCAGCUUCACCAGGAGAACAUCGCACGGAUAGUAGAGCAAGCGCUCUCCGACAGCGGCGUUGGUGUGGACGACCUCUCCGCCGUGGCCACCACUGUGAAGCCGGGACUCGCCUUAAGCCUCGGCGUCGGGUUGAGCUACAGCUUAAAACUGGUGGAGAGGCACCAGAAGCCGUUUAUCCCUAUCCAUCACAUGGAGGCUCACGCGUUGACCAUUAGGGCAACCGACCGAGUCGAGUUUCCUUUCUUAGUGCUUUUGGUCUCCGGGGGUCACUGUCUGCUGGCAGUAGCACGAGGCGUUUCGGAUUUCCUUCUCCUCGGACAAAGCGUGGACAUUGCACCGGGGGACAUGUUGGAUAAGGUAGCCAGAAGGCUUUCUUUACAGCAGCACCUGGAGUGCUCUGGUUUGAACGGUGGAAAAGCGAUAGAAAACCUGGCCCAGCGAGGAAACAAGCUACGCUAUGGAUUCAAAGUUCCCAUGGAGCGACUCUUGAAUUGCAGCUUCUCCUUUUCUGGGCUUCAGAGCAUGGUUGACAGAGCGAUUACACAGAAGGAAAAGGAAGAAGGCCUUCAGCAAGGGCAGCUCUUGUCCUGUGUCUCAGACCUGGCUUCAGCAGUUCAGCACACCGUUGCGGUUCAUAUCGCCAGGCGGACUCACCGAGGCAUUCUCUUCUGCAUGCAAAAGGGCAUCUUACCGCAAAAUGACGCAACUCUAGUGGUCUCUGGAGGUGUUGCAAGCAAUCAGUAUAUCCGCAAAACACUGCAGAUUGUGACGGAUGCCACUGGCUUCUCCUUACUGUGCCCGCCUCCCAGGCUGUGCACCGACAACGGUGUCAUGAUUGCAUGGAACGGCAUUGAAAGGUUGCGUGCAGGAUUGGGCAUCCUCCAUAGCACCGAGGGCAUAAGAUAUGAACCAAAGGCUCCUCUUGGAACUGAUAUCUCAGAGCAAGUCGAAAAAGCUGCCAUCAAAGUGCCAGAACUUAAUCUGACGUGA